GCGGCGGCGGGGUCCUCCCGGCCGCCCGGUGCUCGCGCCCGGGUCUGCGCGCCCGCCCUCCGGCUCACGCCCUUUGGAACCGCGCGUCCGGGACUGCGGCAGCGCACGCAUCGUGCUCGGCUGGCCGCCGGGCGGCAGGAGGCGGCGGCGGCCCGAGUGAGCCGGAGGCAUGGGCCAGGCGGCCUGGAAGGGGUUCGCCCUGUCGCUGUUCGACUACAAAACCGCAAAGUUCGUGGUCGCCAAGAGUAAGAAGGUGGGGCUGCUCUACCGGGUGCUGCAGCUCACCAUCCUGUUGUACUUGCUCAUAUGGGUGUUUCUGAUUAAGAAGAGUUACCAGGAUAUUGACACUUCCUUGCAGAGUGCUGUGGUCACCAAAGUCAAGGGUGUGGCCUACACCAAUACCACUAUGCUUGGGGAACGGCUCUGGGAUGUUGCAGACUUUGUCAUCCCGUCUCAGAGGUCCACUCUCACCUGGCUGACUCUUCCCCGAGAGUCCAGGAGGAGAUUCCUCAAACUCUGUCUGGCUCCUCAGGGGGAGAACGUUUUCUUCGUGGUCACCAACCUGAUCGUGACUCCUAACCAGCGGCAGGGCAUCUGUGCUGAGCGCGAAGGCAUCCCUGAUGGCGAGUGUUUCGAGGACUCUGACUGCCAUGCUGGGGAGUCUGUUGUAGCUGGACAUGGACUGAAAACUGGUCGUUGUCUACGGGUCGGGAACUCUACCCAGGGCACCUGUGAGAUCUUCGCUUGGUGCCCAGUGGAGACAAUGUCCUCGCCCACGGAUCCCCUCCUGAAGGAUGCUGAAGGCUUCACCAUUUUCAUAAAGAACUUCAUCCGCUUCCCCAAGUUCAACUUCUCCAAAGCCAAUGUGCUAGAAACAAGCAACAAAAAUUUCCUGAAAACCUGUCACUUCAGCUCCAAGAAUCUCUACUGUCCCAUCUUCCGACUGGGAUCCAUUGUCCGCUGGGCAGGGGCUGACUUCCAGGAUAUAGCCCUGAAGGGCGGUGUGAUAGGAAUCCAUAUCGAAUGGGACUGUGACCUUGAUAAAGCUGCCUCUAAAUGUAACCCACGCUAUUACUUCAACCGUCUGGACAACAAGCACACGAAGUCCAUCUCCUCUGGGUACAACUUCAGGUUUGCCAGGUAUUACCGUGACUCUAAUGGGGUAGAGUUCCGUGACCUGAUGAAAGCCUAUGGCAUCCGCUUUGAUGUGAUAGUUAAUGGCAAGGCAGGAAAGUUCAGCAUCAUCCCUACAGUCAUCAACAUCGGUUCUGGGCUGGCGCUCAUGGGUGCUGGGGCUUUCUUCUGUGACCUGGUACUUAUCUACCUCAUCAGAAAGAGCGAGUUUUACCGAGAAAAGAAGUUUGAGAAAGUGAGGGGUCAGGAGGAGGAAGCUAAUGUUGAGCUUGAGGCCAACGAGAUCGAGCAGGAGCUGCCAGAGGACAAGCCUCCAGAAGGGGUUCAGCAGAAUGAGCACCCCCAAGAGCUGGCCCAGAGUGGCAGGAAGCAGAAUAGCAACUGCCAGGAGCUCUUUGAGCCUGUCAGGUCCACCUUGCUUGUCUAGCACAGCCUCCUAUUGCUGUGGGAGAUCCUGUGCUUCCCAGUCCUCAGCGUGAACCUCGUCGUGCAUCGGAGCUGCCGCUGGGACAGUGUUUCUCCUCGGCUGUACCUGCCUGCUCACUGCCAGAGAGAGGCUGCGCCUGCCGCGUACUCUGCCUCAAAAAGGCCAUGCCCGAAAGAGUUCCUGGCAGCCCUCUCUCUGCCUUCUGUGUGCACCCCUCCCCCAAGGGCCGGCCUCCAGGAGAAAGCAGCCACAGAACUUGCAAACAGUGAAGACGUAGCCAGCACUCUUGGCAGAGAACCGAUUCAAAGCUAAUGGGGC